AUGGUGGCUGUAGAAGUCGGCCACAGCGACACACACAACAGCACCGUGCUCUGGUGCCCUGCCCUCCGCCUCGUGGUCGCCGGCGACGUCGUCUACGGUGACGUGCAUCAAAUGCUCGGUGAAGCCAACACGCACGCACUGCGCAUGGAAUGGGUUCGCGCACUCGACAUCGUCUCAUCGCUCAACCUGGCCUCCGUGGUGCCGGGGCACAGGAGACCCUCUGAGCUUGAUGGGCCAUGGCACGUCGAGGCAUCAAGGAAAUAUAUUUUGGACUUUGACAAAUUGGCAGAGAAUGGGGAGUGUAGGAAUGCACGCGAUCUAGUAGGGAAGAUGAAAGAAUUGUGGCCGACGAGAUUUAAUGACGGCGCGCUGAUUGUGGGUGCGAUUAAUGCGUUUAAAGUCAAGGAGAAAGAGGCCAAGAAGAAAAAGCAGGGUGCUGAGAAGUUGUAA